UUUUUUUUUGUUUCCCAAUGCCUUCUUCUGCUUCUCGAACGCUGCUUUUGCUCGCUGCGAUCGCCGUGCUCGCACUCGCGUUGCACUCGCCGAGCACCCACAACGGAGAUCGCUUCAGCCUCGCUUCGUCGUCUGGCCGGGCGCUGCUUGCUCGGGCCGAGGAGGCUGCUGCUGCUGCUGCUGGGGAGGGCAACGCGGAGGAGCUCGCGGCUGUGCGACAGGCACAAGAGGAGGCCGUCAAGGUGGCGCUGUCCGAGCACCUGCACGAGGUCGAGCACAACGAGGAGGACGAGGACCACAUGCGCCGGUUCCACGCCGAGCGCCUGCACGCACGCCGCAAGACGCGCCGCACGGACGGACCAACGCUGAGCAAGGACUCGGUCAACCAGCUUACGACGGCAACGUUCGACGACCUGAUUGACACCCGCGAGCUCGUCCUGGUCAACUUUUACGCUGACUGGUGCCGCUUCUCGCAGAUGCUCGGGCCAAUCUACGAGGCGACGGCGACCCACUUGGGCGCGACGCCGACAGGCGACCGGAUUGUCCUGGCGCGCGUCAAUGCAGAGCAGGAGAAGGCUCUCGCGAUGCGAUUCAAGAUCAACAAGUACCCGACACUCAAGAUCUUCCGCUUUGGCAAGCUGCUGCGGAAGGAGUACCGUGGCGAGCGAAGCGUCCCCGCGCUCGUCGACUUCCUCCAGACCCUCCUCAUGCAGGAGCCCCUCACCCGCUACAACACUGUCGCCGAGUUCCAGGAGAUCCAGCGCACCACGCCAAAGCAAAUCUCGGCCGUCUUCCUGAGCGAGCGCAACGAGAUUCUCCAAACCUUCCGUGACGUGGCAGCUGACCUCAACGACGACUGCAAGUUCACCUACACGUUUAAUGGCGAGGCUGCCAACGAGCUCGGCAUGUCCUUCCCGAACGCCUACUUUCAUGCUCGCGGCCAAGACAAGGUUCAGUUCAAGGGCAUCUGGACGUACGUCCAGCUCAAGGCCUGGGCCCAGUCGCAGUGCGUUCCGCUCGUCCGCGAAAUUACCUUUGAGAACGCCGAGGGCCUCACCGAGGAGCAGCUCCCCUUCUUGAUUCUCUUCUACCACCCGGACAACCGUGCGCCCGUCGAACGGUUUACCAACAUUGUGACCCAGCACUUUGUCGGCGAGCGCGCAAACUUUAACUACAUUGUGGCCGACGGUGUCAAGUUUGCACACCCGCUUCACCACCUUGGCAAGCACGUGACCGAUCUUCCCGUGCUUGCUAUCGACUCGUUCCAGCACAUGUACCCCUUUGAGAACUUCGACAACAUUGAGAAUCCCGACCACUUGCGCCAGUUCAUUGCCGACUUCACUGCGGGCAAGCUUCACCAAGAGUUCCACAACAAGCAGCAGCAGCAAGGUGGCCAGGCGCAUGGCCAUGCCCAUGGACACGAUGGUCAACAGCAACAGCAACAGCAACAGCAGCAGCAGCAACAGCAGCAGCAGCCGCAAGAUCAGCAGCAGCAGCAGCAGCAACAACAACAACAACAGCGGCAGGAUCGCCGCGAGGAUGGUUCUCAACAAGGCCAGCAGGACAAGAAAGUCGUAGAAAGCACAUUCAAGAAGCUGCUCCCUAGCCGGAACCGUUAUUCUUUGUUGCGUGACGAGCUCUGAACGAGGUUGUCUGGUUGCGUUUUUGUCAAGCUGUUUUGUUUGUUUUUGUUUGGGUUGGUUUCCCGUUUUGUUUGGAGACCGUGUUCGUUUGUCAACCAACGUGUGCUUGUUUGAACAACACUCCUGCACUUUGGCGUUGUCGUGUCGUCUUCGUAGAUUCACGCCAGAAUACACUCAGUCCUAUCAAACA